AUGAGCUCCCUGGAACGUGGCAAGCGCCAGAGGCAGCGCAAGGUCCUGCUGAUGGGUAGGAGCGGUGCUGGCAAAUCGUCAAUGAGAAGCAUCAUCUUCAGCAACUACGUCGCCAAGGACGUCCGGAGACUCGGGGCCACGGUCGAUGUCGAACACAGUAACAUCAAGUUCAUGGGUAACCUCAUGUUGAAUCUCUGGGACUGUGGAGGUCAGGAUUCCUUCGUUGAAUCAUAUCUCACGAACCAGCGAUCCCAUGUCUUCACAUCUGUUGCCGUCCUCAUCUUCGUCUUCGACAUCUCGUCAAAAGAGACAGCAUUGGAUAUGCUCAGUUUUGCUUCAACCAUCCGAGCUUUACGAGAGUACAGUCCAAACAGCAAGAUCUUCGUCCUCGUUCACAAGAUGGAUCUUGUACCGCCUGAUCAGAAGAACGCCAUCUAUCAGCAACGCACCAAAGAUGUCCGAGCCGUCUGUGAAGAGGAAGGCUUCGCUGGCAAGCAAGUCGACCUCUGCCCGAGCUCCAUCUGGGACCAGAGUCUGUAUCGCGCCUGGACGCAGGUCAUCUACUUUCUAGUCCCAAAUGCGACAGUCAUCGAGGACAUGCUCCAGAAGCUGGCCGAUCUCCUCGAUGCCCGAGAGAUGAUAUUGUACGAGCGGACAACUUGCCUUGUUGUCACUCACAUUACACGCUCAGGCGAGGCAGCAAACCCCUACAAAGAUCGCUUCGAGCGUAUCAGCAGUAUUCUAAAGACCCACAAACACUCCAUGUCAAGGCACACCGGGAUGAUGCCGUCCGAAGUGUCCUUCGCAGAGAUGCAGAUCAAGACUGGCGCGUUCAUGUUCUUCAUCACCCGACUCACCGAAAACACCAACUUGGCAGUAGUCAUGCCAAGCGACGAGGCUUCCUUCAACGCGGCAAGAGUUAACGUCCAACUCGCCAGGCGCGAAUUCGCGCAUCUCGAUAUCGUGGAAAGGAAGAGCAAAGAUCCUCAACAGACGAGCUACGCACGAGAACAACUCCAAUCGGGCAAUGACUGGCGAAAUGAUGACUACGAUAAUGCUUCUCAUGGCCGAUUGAACGAUGGUUGA